UUGACACCGGCCAUUCAGUAGGUCCCUACAGAGCAGGGUGGACUGCCGUAUUCAGACAAGCAAGCUCCUUCAGUUCCUGUUUCCGCUGCAGCCUUUCUCCUCCGUUUUCCGGAGCAACAAAUCUCGGUUGCAUCUGCGUCAAGACCGCAGCCGCUGUUGGAUGCCUCUGAAAGCCGGCUUGUCACAUCAAGAGUAGCGGGCACAUCAGCAGCUGCCAGUGUGUUGCCUCAUCGCUGCUGCCAGUAUCAAGAAUUGCUUUGCAGUAAUCACCACAGUCAGGCGAUGCAACUUCAAUAACAGAUUCCUGUGGGAAAGGAAAGACACGGCGCAGUGUUGGAUAAGCUUGUCAGCACGGAGUUGGGUGGAGGGUGAAAACACCAAUCAGACCGCCAAAAAGCUACUGAGUGUGCUAGCCAUGCUUUAGCACACAGAAAAGACAGGCUGAUCACUGGAGUAGCACCUUUUGCCUUUUUGUAAACACUCCUGAGUCACAAAACGCACAACAUCUCCAUCUCAUCUGUCAUUAACCAUCCUUGCAAAGAUGCCAGUACCACGGUUAGCACUGUGGCAUUUGUGGUGACGGGGCAGAGUGCGUGUGCGCAUCCGGCAGGCAGGCCGGUGGGCCGGUGGGCGUACAAGCACACCCACAAGGCUUUUUUGGGUGGGCGUGGUUGAACCAUGCGGCCUUGGGCGGGUUCAUGGCGUUGGAUUACCCUUGUGCUGUUGGCCUGGGGCACACUCCUCUUCUACAUUGGCGGUCACUUGGUGAGAGACAGUGAGCAUCCGGAGCGGUCCAGUCGGGAGCUCUCCAAGAUCCUGGCCAAGCUGGAGCGGCUCAAGCAACAGAAUGAAGACCUGCGGCGCAUGGCCGAAUCUCUCAGGAUACCAGAGGGCCAGGCAGAAGCUGGAUCUUUGGCAGUAGGAAGGCUACGCUCCCUGGAGGACCAGCUAACCAGAGCCAAACAGAAGAUCCACAGCUUCCAGAAACUCACCGGAGAUGGCCCCGGGCCCACUCAGGAGGAGCUGCGGAGGAAGGUGGAGAAUGGCGUUAAGGAGUUUUGGUAUUUUGUGCGCAGCGAGGUGAAGAAAUUAGCUAAUGUGGAGCCCAGCGAGAGGCAGAAGUAUGCUGACACACUCCUGCAGGACCUGGGACACCAGGAAAGGUCCAUCAUGACAGACUUGUACUACCUCAGUCAGGCGGAUGGAGUUGGUGAAUGGAGAAUGAAGGAGGCUAAAGACCUGUCGGAUCUGGUCCAGAACAGAAUCACUUACCUACAGAACCCCCCAGACUGCAGUAAGGCAAGAAAGCUGGUGUGUAACAUCAAUAAGGGCUGUGGUUAUGGCUGCCAGCUUCACCAUGUCGUCUACUGCUUCAUGAUUGCUUACGGCACCCAGCGCACACUCAUCCUGGAGUCUCAUAACUGGCGUUACGCCCCUGGUGGCUGGGAGACCGUUUUUCUGCCCGUCAGCAACACCUGUACUGACCGCUCUGGAGCCUCCACCGGACACUGGUCAGGAGAGGCUCAUGAUAAGGACGUCCAAGUUGUGGAGUUGCCCAUAGUGGACAGUCUGCACCCUCGGCCACCCUACUUACCUUUGGCGAUCCCUGAGGACCUUGCCCCACGUCUGCAGCGUCUGCAUGGUGACCCAUCUGUCUGGUGGGUGUCCCAAUUUGUCAAGUACCUUGUCCGACCUCAGGCAUGGUUAGAGAAGGAGAUUCAGCAGAGCACUGCCAAGCUGGGCUUCAAACACCCCAUCAUUGGAGUCCAUGUGAGGAGGACGGAUAAAGUGGGGACCGAAGCGGCCUUCCACCCUAUAGAGGAGUACAUGCUGCAUGUGGAGGAGCAGUUCCAACUUCUAGCCAGACGAGUUCAUGUUGACAAGAAGAGAGUUUACUUGGCCACAGAUGAUCCCUCCCUGCUUCAAGAAGCUAAGACUAAGUAUCCAGACUACGAGUUCAUCAGUGAUAACUCCAUCUCGUGGUCUGCAGGCCUUCACAACCGCUACACUGAGAACUCACUGAGAGGAGUCAUCCUGGACAUCCACUUCCUGUCUCAGACUGACUUCUUGGUCUGCACCUUCUCCUCACAGGUCUGCCGUGUGGCCUAUGAGAUAAUGCAGAUGCUGCAUCCAGAUGCCUCCUCGUCCUUCUACUCCCUUGAUGACAUUUACUACUUUGGAGGUCAAAACGCCCACAACCAGAUCGCCAUCUACCCACACCAGCCGCGCAACAGUGAGGACAUCCCCCUGGAGCCUGGUGACGUUAUCGGUGUAGCCGGGAACCACUGGGAUGGAUAUUCCAAAGGCAUCAAUCGCAAACUGGGCCGCACCGGCCUCUACCCUUCCUACAAGGUCAAGGAGAAAAUCGAAACCGUGAAAUACCCAAUGUACCCCGAGGCAGACAAACUGCUUAAUGCUCAAAAUAACUAAAGAAGGAAAACAUAAGAAAAAAAACAAAAAAAACAAAAAAACAACAACAAAAAAAUAAUAAAUGAAACGAAAUGAGAGUGAGAGAGAGAGUGUGGAGAAACGUAUAGUCUCCGGUUCCAGGGAAGGAGGCUGCUUUUGUACAGAAGAUAGAGGCACACUCGGUGUGCUAAGCUGAGAAGAAAAGAAAAAGCCUGAACCCAGGGGUGAUAAGAAUGAGAAUGCACUGUGUGUGUUCAUGUGUAAGAGCAUCUGUGUGAGUGUGUGUGUGUGUGUGUGUUUGAAUAUGUGUGCGCACUUGUGUAAAUGCCCCUGCGUAUGUCAGGACAUGGAAGACUUCACCCUACCGCCGCCGUCCCCCCCUCCCUGCCUGACGUUGGGACGUCGGGUCUGUAGAGAUGUAGACACAAACAUUGAUUUUUAAAUAAAGCAAGAAAACAAUUAAAGUCUACACAACUGGCUGAGCUCCUGAGACAGCACUGGGACUACUUUAAGACUGCCGCCCCCUCCCUCCCCCUGGUGUGGGCUUCAAAUCAAUGACAAAGAAAAAAAAAAAAAAACUAAAGACAAACUGGCAAAAAGUGGUUAAUUUUUUAUUUAAUUCAUUCCAGUGGUUUAGAUUCUAAUCUUGCCUUUUUAUUUAGUCCUUUUUCUCAUAUAUUUUGUUUACUGAAUGUACUGUAUCCUCUUCUUGCCAUGCUCAAAAACUCUCCCUCAUCUUCUUCUCACUGUGCUUCCUCCAUCUUAUCUCUUCAUGUGCAAUUAAUUUUAUAAAACCAUAUUGUGCUUUUAUUAAGUGUUUUUUACAGUCUUAAUUUUGUAUGUAUGGGGCUCGUGCAUUGUAUACUGUAUAGCGUAUGUGUGAGUGUGUGUGUGUGAAAGAAAGAGGAUGUUUAUGUGUGUGAUCAGGUGUGCUUGUGUGUUUUAAGGGGCCAUGUCACUACCAGGUGCCUGGUUAUUGGUGAGCAGUGUGUUUUUAUGUCUUGCUUUCCCACUUGACUGAAGUGUUUGUGUGGGGACGGGGGGGAGGGGGCUGUCCUCUGCCCUGCAGCACUCGGAACAAAUGAUGAACUCCAGUCACUGUGCUGGUGACCAUUUGCAAACAAUGGUGAAGUUAUGUGGAGUACGGUGAACUCGUAGUGCGCACACACAGACACGAAAGCCGUCCUCAGUCUCACCAAAAGAAGCACUCUACUCUGAUAAUGUCCUUUUUUGGCAUCUUUUUUUGUCUCCUUUGUCCAUCAUUGUUUUUCUUUUCUUUUUUUUUACCUUGCUGUUUUAAAAUAAUUGAGAAAAUUAUGCUUUUUUUCUUUUAAAAAGAAAAAAAAAACUAUGUUCUAUCAGACUGAAUCUCCGCAUCAUGAAGGCUUUGUUUGUUUUUGUUUUUUUUUGUUUUUUUUUUGUAACUUAUGUUCUCGGGCAUUGUCUUUGAUAACCACAGAUCGAAUAAACUUGAGAAACCAA